UAUUAACAUUUAUGAACAAAAUGUUGGAUUAUUUUUUUCAUACCUUAUAUUGUAUUAUUAUUAAAUAUUUUCAGACAAGACAUGGAUAUACAAGGAAUGUGGGACUUAUUUUUGAUCACCCAUCAGAUGAUGAUGAUAAUUUUCCGCAUCAACGAGAAUUUCACUUCAAGGUUCCAGAUUUUUUUGAAAAUAUUGUAUCGGCAUAUUCUUUAACAGAUUUCAAAUCACAUUUUCGACUAGAAAAAGCUACAUAUGAAAGAUUGGUACAAAGUCUUGGAGGACGUCUUCGCCGUGACCGGGGUGCUGAGAAAAUGUCUCCCGAUAAACAAAUAGCUAUUACCUUAUGGAUCCUUGGAAACCAAGAAGUUUACAGACAAGACAUGGAUAUACAAGGAAUGUGGGACUUAUUUUUUGAUCACCCAUCAGAUGAUGAUGAUAAUUUUCCGCAUCAACGAGAAUUUCACUUCAAGGUUCCAGAUUUUUUUGAAAAUAUUGUAUCGGCAUAUUCUUUAACAGAUUUCAAAUCACAUUUUCGACUAGAAAAAGCUACAUAUGAAAGAUUGGUACAAAGUCUUGGAGGACGUCUUCGCCGUGACCGGGGUGCUGAGAAAAUGUCUCCCGAUAAACAAAUAGCUAUUACCUUAUGGAUCCUUGGAAACCAAGAAGUUUACAGGAAAUCCUAAUUUUUUAUGUAACUAAAAAAAGGAAUAAGGCAGAUGAUAUAUCUAUAUCAAUCAGAAACACAAUCGAUCACAUUUAAUAAAUUUAUUACAUAUAACUUUAAAAUAAAAACACUAUAUAUUGUAACAUAUAUCUUUAUCUUAUAAUGCACACAUCUGAAUAAAAACUUUUAAGUAAUGAAUAACUAAGCGUAUUUAAUUUACUACAACAUAAACAUUUAUGUUAUAAUUAUUACACAAAAUAAGGAACAUUUGGUUACAUAUAAAAAAAUAAAUAAACAUAAUAUUAAAAUAAGAUAUCACAUAUCAUUUUGUACCUUGUACAUAUCACUUUAAUAUUAUAUUUAAUGUAAUAAAAAAGAAAUUAUUUUAUAUUAAUAUUUAAAAUAUAACGAGCUUAGUAAACUUAAUUUGUGUUUUAAAAUUUCUAUCUACUUCUUUAAAUACUUUUCUAGUAAAGAUAAAAAACGUUUUCUUUGGUUAUAAUUUUCUCGGUGAUGUUUCUCUUUUUGUUCUAGUAAUUCUGUAAUCCAGGUAGGUUUUUUAGGUAUUCUUCUUUUUAUCGGUCGAUUUUUUAAAAUAUUAGUUGCUUCUAAAUUUUCUUCAUUUUCUUCAUUUCUUCGUGUUCAGUACUCAAAUUCAUGUUUUUAGACGUAUUUACAUUUACUCUAAAACCACGUGUACUAAAUGCUAUGGACAAAGGUGUAAUUUCUGGAUUUUUUCUUAAUAUAUCAUCAAUAAUAUUAAAAUAUUCCCAGGUUUCUUUUGCUGCGCCAGUGCGAUUAUUUGCAUCUUUUAAGGUUUUAUAUUUU